UUUUCUGCUUUCUUUCUUCGUCUCGUGGUUUCGCUGCUCCCAUUGCUGCUGCUGUUUCGUCCUUCUUUGCUGCGUCGUGUGUGUCUUCACGAUUCAUUUGUCGUCUUUUUGUGGGCCUCUUUUGCUGAGCUCUCGGUGUUUAGCGUGAACAAACCCCUGAUAGCCCACCUACCUUAAGCGGAAGUGGUGUCUAUCUUCAGCCAUUAACUCAAAGCGCCUAGUGUAUCAAGCCCAAUUUGUGUCCCUCAAAAUGGGAUUGGAGUGGAAAUACGGUCUUUGAAAACAGCUCAUGCGUGUUGUUGAGAGCGUCUUGUCCGGUGCGCUGGCAGACUGGCCGCACCAAGCCGUACCCGAGCUCACCCGCGUCUGCUCCAACCACGUUUAGGCAAAGCAGUUGAUCGCGCAACAGUCAGGAUGGAAAGGGCGAGGGAUCUUGAUGCCCUUAGGGUUGAGAUCACGAGGCUCGAGGCCCAGAUCCGAGCGACCUCGAGCGCUGAGCAAAAGCUCAAACUCACGAUCGAGGCGACCGAAGUAGCCAUGCGUGCCAUGAAGCUUGCUCCGUCAAAAUCUGCCGAGCAAGCAGAACUGAGGUCCAAGGCUCAGGGUAUGCUCGAGGAAGCCGAGACGCUCAAGAGAGCGAAGAGUGCUCAGGCAGCGCGGCUCACUAUGAGACUAUCACCACAAGACUCCGCCAAGAAGGCUGCUGUUGAGCCAUCUUCCGCCGGCCGGUCUGCCGUAAACGAUCUGAUGGCUGCGUUUGUCGGGCGGCCCGGCGAGCCGCGGCCGACGAGGGAGCUCACCACCGCAGAGAAGGUUCUGCUCAUGCGAGGGUCGAAGCUGAACGGGUUCAAGUUCUCGCCUUGGGGCUCCACGCCUACCUCUCGCGAUUUUGACCUGGACCAAGGACAAGAGAGAUUUGUGGACGAUGCCGAUUUGCGACUAUCGAGAGAGCAGUUGAAGCACUUCGAUGGCUGGAAGCCCGCUUCAGAGGCUAUGCCUCCGCCGAAUUGGAGCUCAGAAGACGGGUUGCCCCUUCGGUCGACGACGGAUGCUGACGCCUUCGUUCCCGUGGACCUGGUGCAAGACGCCACAACGGAUUGCUCGGUGGUCGCCAGUUUGUGUGCAGGCGCCGCGCGCGCAAAGAAGGGCCACCAAAGACUUCUGGCUGACGUUAUCUUCCCCAACAAUCGCGAGGAACGCAAACCUGUCGUAUCACCGAAUGGAAAAUAUAUCGUCAAGCUCAACUUCAACGGCUGCUAUCGACGUGUCGUGAUCGACGACAGACUCCCUGUCUCCAAGACGAAACGCGUCUUGCACGUCGUUGACCUCAAAAACCCGUCACUGCUUUGGCCUGCCAUGCUGGAGAAGGCGUAUCUGAAAGUCCGCGGCGGCUACGACUUUCCUGGGAGCAAUUCUGCCACAGACCUGUGGAUGCUGUGUGGUUGGAUACCUGAGCAGAUGAUUCUCCAGGAUCCUGACACGGACUUGACUCUUGCGUGGAGUCGCAUGGUUGAUGGCUGGCGGAAAGGAGAUGUGCUCAUCACCAUGGGGACGGGCCAGAUAUCGGCCAAGGUAGAGAGGGAAGAUGGUCUGGCUUCGGAACACGAUUACGCAGUCUUGGAUCUGUUCGACGACGGCGAGAAUCAGCUUGUUUUGUUGAAGAAUCCAUGGAGAGAAGGGCGGUCCUGGGCCGGCAGUAUCACUGGUCUAGAGAAUAUCCCGUCGCUUUCUCCGCAGUUGCUACCGCCGGGAACGUUCUGGAUACCAUGGAACUACGUUCAGCAGCAUUUCGAGUCCAUAUACUGCAACUGGAACCCGUGCCAUUUCUCCUACAGAGAAGACAUACAUUUUUCGUGGGACUUGCGCACCGGUCGCAGCGCUGGGGGCAGUUUCGCGAACAAUCCGCAAUUCGCUGUGAAAACAAGAGGACGGGGAGACGUGUGGUUCUUGCUCUGCAGGCACUUUCAGGAUGCCACAAGCACGUCUGCUGGCGAGGACGAAAAUGUAAGUGUCAAUGCCUCCGGCUCCAUGACUGGCCAUAUCAACAUUUACGUGUAUGACCGAGGCGGAGAAAAGGUGUAUGUAAGCUCGACGCCUCUGGAGCGGGGACAGUAUGUUGAUGCACCGCAAACUCUUGUUCGACUCAGCUCACGGGCGGCGGAGAGAACAUUCACGGUGGUGGUCUCCGAGCAAAAUUUGCCCGCCAUCAAACAAAACUUUUCGCUCACGGUGUUUGGUGAGAUGCCUGUGGAGCUGGCACCUGCCACGAAUCGGCGUUAUCCAUACUCGGCCGCGGUAGCGGCUGGAUGGACGUCAUCAUGUGCAGGAGGGCGUAGCGGUACGGUUUCUUACUUUAGCAACCCUAUGUUCAAGCUGCAACUGUCGAAAAGAUCGGAUAUAAGGCUGCUCCUGGAGACAUUUGACAAUGACGUGAGUGUCAACUUGAAGCUGGUGCAUGGUGGAAAGCGUAUCCUUGAAUUGAACAAACGCGAUCUCAUCACAGACUCUGGCGACUAUCGAAGGGGCAGCGCAUUUGCGGAGGCGUUGGAUGUUGAUGCUGGAACAUAUACCAUUGUUUGCUCUACAUUCGAUCAGAACCAGCGCGCAGCCUUUACUCUUCGCGUUGACGCCUCUGAGAAACCCGGGCUAGAACAGCUGCCGUUUCAACAUGCGGGAAGGAUUUCAAAGCGUCUGCCCGGCGCCGUCAUGAGGGCUGGUGUAACCAAGAUUGGGGCACCCAUCUCCCCUUUACGCCUGAUGACAAUGUCGGCGUCCAUUUCCGGCUACACUUCCACGCCCCUACGGCUAUCAAUAGUUAUGCGUCCCGGACCGAACGGGAGAAUCCUGUGUGUUAGUGGCAACGGCGAGUUCAGCGAUGGACGCACUUCGGCAGUCCGGCUGCCUGACAUGAAUACAUGGCCAAAAACCCAGCGGACAGGAGAGUUUUCAGACAUGUGGCUUUUUGUGGAGCGGCUUAGCGGGAACACGGAUUUAGAGGAGGAGUACGCCGUCGACAUUAUAUGUGAUGGCCGGCCAGAUGAUUGUGUAAAUGUAGGGGAAUGGCGCGUCUUCGACUGAAAGAUAGUGACGAUUUAAAGUCGAACGCACGCCUGGAAGUCUCCGCCGCACGCAUCACCCAACACAGGAUGAAAUUUGGCGGCGUUCAUCUCAGCUGAAUCGGCCCAUAGUCUUUUCACGUCACAUCAAAUGUUGGUCUGCGAUCGUAGUCGCAGGAAUGUGGUGUUUAGCAUAUGAGAGGCAGCGGGCUGAGAGUGUGGCGCGAUGAUUGGCUGAAACGUGUUGUUUGAGCCGUGACGAGGACCUCACCCGGCUCGCUUUCGCCAGUCUUGAUAGCGGAGGGGGCCGGCGACUUCACGGUUUGCUCAUGUGCAUAA